GCGCACCCUCGCCAUGACUCGGUGGGUGCCGGCCCUCGCGGCACUGCUGGUCGUCGUCGCCGCCGCGCGCAAGGCGCCGCCCCCGCGCGCCGAGCCGCAAAUCGAGGAGGUCACCGCCAAGCAGCUGGAGCGCGUGCUGGGCGACAAGGACUACGUGGCCGUGUUCUGGUAUGCAAGAAGUUGCGUGACGUGUGACAAAGUGUUAGAGGAGCUCGAGAAGAUAGAUGACGACACGGACACGUUCGGGGUCGACUUCGUCAAGAUCAACGACAAAAGACUAGCCAAGCAGUAUGGCAUCACGAAGUUUCCCGCCCUCACGUACUUCCGUGAGAACGAACCGAUCAUUUACGAAGGAGAUCUUAUGGACGAGGAGAGCGUACUGGAUUUCCUGACGAGCUUAGAAGCAAUGGACCUUCCUGACAGGAUAGAAGAAGUAAAUCAGAAGAUUCUCGAUAAGAUCAUCGAGGACACAGAAUACGUGGCCGUUCUCUUCUGUCCCGAACACAAAAAUUGCGGCCCGAUGAACAACAAACCCGAGUGCAAGAAAUGCGCGAAAGCCUUACAAGAGCUUGAAAACAUCGACGAUGAAGCCGACCAACUCGGGAUAGGAUUUGUCAAGAUCCAUGAUGAGGAAUUAGCUGAGGAGUACAGUCUUGGAGAAUUGCCAAGAUUGGUAUACUACAGGCAUCAAAUACCUAUUAUUUAUGAAGGUGAACUUAGUAGGGAGGAAGAUGUUCUGGAAUGGCUCAUUGCAAAUAAGUCGACUGGGGACGAAGAAGAUGUAAUCGAGGAUGUUACAGCCAAAACUCUCAAUACCCUUAUAGGCAAUGUCGACAACUUAGUUGUGCUGUUUUACGACCACGGCGACGAAGAAUCAAUGACGGUUCUAGGAGAGCUAGAGAAGAUAGAUGAUGAUUGUGAUCGACAUGGAAUUCAAUUCGUUAAAAUUGACGACAAGAAAGCUGCUCAAGAAUUCGGUAUCGAUGAUGUUCCCUCAAUUGUCUACUUCGAGAAGCAGAUCCCCAAUGUUUACGACGGUGACCUCGAGAAUGAAGAAGAAAUUUUAGAGUGGCUUGUUGACCAACUGGAAAAAGAUGAAAUUGAAGAUGUCACCGAUGAGAUGCUUGAUCAUCUUAUUAAGGAUGGGAAGACUGUAGCGGUAUUAUUUUACGACAACAACGAUCGCAAAUCUCAAAAGGUUUUAAAUGAGCUAGAAAAUAUUGAUGAUGAAUGUGAUCAGCUCGGCAUUGCUUUUGUGAAAAUUGAUAAUGACGAAGAAGCGAAAGAAUACGGCAUAGAAAAACUUCCGACUUUACUUUACUUUGAAAAGGGUAUACCGACAUAUUAUGAAGGCAAUUUAGAAGAAGAAGAAAAAGUUUUGAGCUGGCUUAAGCAUCAGACCGAGAGUGAUGAGAUAGAAGAUAUUACGGAUGAAAUGCUGGACUUAAUCAUUGAGAAAAUGCCUUACGUCGCCGUCCUAUUCUAUGAUAAAGAUCAGAAGAAAAGCCAAAAAAUUUUAGCUGAGUUAGAAAAUAUUGAUGAUGAAUGUGAUCAAAAUGAUAUUGCUUUCGUUAAGAUCGACGAUGAUAAAGAAGCUAAAGAGUAUGGUAUUGACACGGUCCCUACGAUGGUAUUCUUUGAAAAAGGGAUUCCACACAUUUAUGAAGGUGAUUUGAUGAAAGAAGAUGAACUUCUUGGCUGGUUGAUUCAUCAAAAACGACACAGUGAAAUUCCUGAAGUUACUGAUGAAAUGAUGGACAAACUUAUCGACACUGCUCAAUAUUUGGCUGUAAUAUUCUAUGAUAAGGAAGAUAAACAAGAUAUAAGAAUUUUGAAUGAGCUAGAAAACAUCGACGAUGAAUUGGAAAAGGAAGGCAUUGUCAUUGUAAGAAUAGACAAUGAAGCCGAAGCUAAAGAAUAUGGUAUUGACCAUCUACCAACGUUAGUUUACUUUGAAGAAAAUAUUCCAGCCAUUUAUGAAGGAGAUUUGAUGAAUGAAGAUGAAGUUCUAGAGUGGUUGAUUGAACAGAAAAACAGCGCUACCAUAGAAGAAGUUACUGAUGAAAUCCUCGUGGAUCUGAUUGAAGAGCAUGAAUAUGUAGUGGUAUAUUUCAGUGGAAAAUGUGAAGACGGUGAAGAAUGUGACAACAUCUUAGAGGAACUAGAAAAUAUUGAUGAUGAACUUGAUGAAACGGGCAUUAUUUUUGUAACAACUGAGGACCUAACGGUAGCCAAAAAAUACGGAAUAAAAAAUUACCCAACUCUUGUCUUCUUUAGGAACAAGGAACCUCUUAUUUAUAAAGGUGACAUCGAAGAUGAAGAUGAGGUUCUAGCAUGGCUUACAGAUGAAGAUACCCUUGAAAUUCCUGGUAAAAUUGAAGAAGUGAAUUCCAAAAUGUUAGAAAAAAUUUUAGAGGAAAAUGAUCACGUUGUUGUUUUCUUCUAUAAAGAAAAUGAUAAGAAGUCACAGAAGAUUCUAAGUGAGCUGGAAAAUAUUGACGACGAAUGUGAAGAAAAGGAUAUAGAUUUUGUAAAAACAUCUGACGAAGGAGUUGAUAAAGAGUACGAUCUUCCCGAUUUGCCUGCUUUGGCGUUUUAUCGUCACAAAUUUAGAACGAUCUAUGACGGUGAUUUGAUGCAUGAAGAAGCUAUACUUAAAUGGGUUUUGGAUCUUCAUGAUUCUCAACCCGAUGUUAUCGAAAACGUUGACAGAAAAACAUUGAAGGAUCUUAUUGAUGAUGUUGAGCAUUUGGCAGUAUUUUUCUAUAGCGAAAAUUGUGAUACCUGUGAGGAAAUCCUUGAGGAAUUAGAGACAAUUGAUGAUGACACUGACAAACACGGGAUUCAAUUUGUGAAAUCUAAGGACUCUAAACUAGCAUCUGAUAUAGGCAUUUUCAGUUUCCCAGCCUUGGUAUAUUAUGAAACAGGGGUACCAAUUAUGUAUGAUGGAAAUUUGUUGGACGAAACAGAAGUCCUAGAUUGGAUGGUAAGACAGAAGGAAGAUGAAAGUAUAGAGGAAAUAGACAGAGAUGAGUUGUUCAAAUAUAUUGAGACUAAGGAAUUUUUAGCUGUUGUUUUUUAUAAAGAAGAAGAUCCUCUUAGUCCAAGAAUUCUUAGACACGUGGAAUUGAUUGAUGAUGAAGCUGCAGAGUAUGGUAUUAAAAUAGUAAAAUGUAGUGAUCGCUUAAUGGCAAAAAAGUAUGGGUAUCGUAAUCCACCUGGUAUAACAUACUUUAGAAAAACCAAAUAUAUUAAUUAUGAUGGUGAUAUCGAUGAUGAAGAAGAAAUAUUAGAUUGGCUAACGAAUCCCGAAAAUAUGGAACUUACUGAUCACAUCGAGAAAGUCAACAAAAAAAUGUUUCAUAAGAUAAGACAGACUUCCGAUUAUGUGGCUGUAUUCUUUUACAGUAAUGACUGCAAACAGUGCCCAAAAGUUUUGGCUGAAAUUGAACAUAUAGACGAUGAUGCGGAUGCUGCUGGUAUAAACUUUGUGAAAAUUGACGAUCGACAGAUGGCUAAAGAUUUUGGAGUGUUUGCACUGCCAGCAGUGUUAUUCUUUAAACUGGGCUCCAAAGAUCCUGUCAUAUAUGCAGGUGACCUAUACGAUGGACAACAGUUGCUGAGUUGGCUUCUCACUCAAAAGAACCCAGCAGGCGAUGUAAUAGAAGCACUUGAAGGUCAAGAACUAUUAGAUUUAAUAGAGCAUUCCACAUCUGUAGCAGUAUAUUUCUGGAAUAAAACAUUAUGUGAACUGUGCAAUGCCAAAACUACGCAAAAAAAGACGAAAAAGAGCUUAAGAGAGCAUGAUGAAGAAGAAGGGCAAGAGAUAGACGAUUCACUUGAUUGUGAACAAUGUGCAGGUAUUUUGGAAGAGCUAGAAAAUAUCGACGAUGAUUGCGAUAGACAUGGAAUAAAAUUUGUAAAGACUCAAGAUUAUUCGAUAUCGGAAUCGUAUGGUGUCACGGACUUUCCAGUACUAGUUUAUUUCGAAAACAACAUACCUAAUGUAUAUGAAGGUUCGUUAGCUGAGGAAGAGGAAGUGCUUCAAUGGUUAAUUACACAGAAAACUGAAGAUCGUAUCGAACUUAUUACAAGAGUAAUGCUAGAAAACAUGGUUGAAGAAACCCAGUAUCUGGCUGUGUACUUUUAUAAGUUGAAUUGUCAUAUUUGCGAUCAUAUAUUGGAAGAGCUAGAAAAGAUUGACGACGAAUGUGACGUCUAUGGUAUUCAUAUGGUUAAGAUUCAAGAUCCUCAGCUCGCAAAAAGAUAUUCAAUAAAAACAUUUCCAGCCAUGGUGUACUUUAGGAACGGUAAUCCACUUUUAUUUGAAGGAGAUUUGCAAAACGAAGAAUCCAUUCUUGAAUGGCUUAUUGAUGACGAUAAUCGUGAGUUGGCAGAUGAGAUCGAGUCAGUUAAUGAUCGGAUGCUCGAGCGACUAUUGUACGAGUCUCACCUACUGGCUGUAUUUUUCUAUGAUGAAGAAGACUGCCCGGAAUGUCAAGAUAUACUAGAGUCUUUAGAGCAAAUAGACGGUGAAGUUGAUCAAUUCGGAAUAGACUUUGUUAAAAUAGCAAGUCCAGAAGCAGCUGCAGCGCACAAUAUUAUAAACAUACCUUCUUUAGUUUACUUCAGGAAAAGAACGCCAAUGUUAUACGAUGGUGAUUUGCAUCAAGUCGACAGAGUCCUUCAAUGGUUGACUUCUCAAGAAGUUUUUGAAAUCAAAAAUGAAAUCGAGGAAGUCAACAGAAAAAUGUUGGACAAGUUAUUGGAAGAGAAUGAAUUCCUUGCUGUUUAUUUCUAUGAAAAUUCAGUCGAGAGUCGCCUUGUUAUGGAUAGAUUAGAGAACAUAGACAGCGAAACUGACAAUUUGGAUAUAACGUUUGUAAAGAUGCAUGAUCCGCGUUACGCUCGCAAGUGGGGUGUCACAAAACUACCGGCUAUAGUCUACUUUAGGAAACGAUUUCCAAGUAUAUAUAGAGGUGAUGUGAUGGCAGAGGACGAAGUUCUUGAAUGGCUGCGGAAGAACAGGUUUAGGCAGCCAGAGUUAAAUAUAUUCAUGUACGGUUUGAUAGCCUUAUCAAUAGCUUUUGUAAUGUACACAGCCUUUCUACUACAGUGUUUUAAACCAGCGGCCACCACGCCGGCGCAGCAUCCAAAACAAGCGUGAAGAUUAUUAGAAGCUUUGGCUGGUUCAACAUCCUUGAUAAUUAACUGUGACGAAAGCCAAUGGCUACAUUUACACGAAUUUAUUACCUUUCAGUGUUCAAAGGUUUUUAUAAACGUUCCAACAUAAGAUGUAAAAAUGUACUAUACUGAGUGGCUGACGAGAAAUCGGCUUUAUGAGUGACAAACAUUACUAGAAAAGUUUUUUCUAAAGCUUAUCUUCUUAUUCUAAAAGUUAUAAGUAUCGAUGAUGAUAAGGUUUCGAUAAAUGCCGAUAAAUAGUUAACUAACAAAUAUAUGGGAUCAAGCUUAACCUAAUAUACGUUGAUAGGUUUUAGUACAGUAGACAGUUCGUAAGGAUACAUAAGCCAAACAAUCGCUUGGUUAACUUUUUUUUAACUGUCAAUGUUAGAAUUCGAUUGUGGUCAAGUAAAUAAUUCUGGUCUGUUCAGUUUUCAUUUUUGCCUUUUAAUUACUGCCGGAAUAAAAGAAAAUUUGUAUUAUUCUAAAUACACGGCAUGACUGUAUGAGCUUUCGGAAGCAUGCAAAGUCUUUAGUUUUUGUGUCUUGUUGGGUGUAAUUUUAAUGCGAACUUAGUGUCCGACUUAUUUGACGUCCUUGAAUAACACGGAAUAGAAUGAACGACUUAAUUCAAUACCUUUGGUGUAAGCUUUGCACGCUCGCAAACGUGGAACCACUUUUGUGUAUCGAAACAUUAUACGAAACAUAAUUCUCGUGUCACUAAUUCUGUACUACAGAUUUUUAUUUUAAAUAUGUUCUGCCGAAAGCACUAGCAGAAGAAUUGUUAACUAAUUUGAGUUUUAAAACUUUGGGGUUAGAUUCCAUUUCACUCUGCGCUCCAGCGUUUCGAUAUCGAAACCGACUCUACGAUUGCGAGCAUAUACCUAAGGGUACAGAUUGAAUGAAAGUAAUUGUUCUUAAAACACUGCCUGCCACACUUGAAUAAGACACUAUCUAGUCACCAAUGUUUUCAUUGUAUGCGAAACUUUUAUUUUAUUAUUUGAAUCAUGCAUGUGGUUUUGGUAUUUUAAUGGUGUAUUUUUAUUUCUUGAAAGACAUUAUGAAACUAUUUUAGGUUACACCUCUUUAAAUAUGUUGAUCAGUUUUUCCCUCUAUAUUUUAUCCCAUUUGAAACUCUCGAAAUACAAUAUUCAAAAUCAAAUUUUUCGUGAGUAAUUUUAGGAUCUUUUAUUUAGGCUACAAUUCUCGUCUUUUGAUGUUAUUUUCAUUAUUUUUGUUACUGUUAUUGUUUUUAAUUUUGUUAAAUUGAUAGUUUAUUAUACAGCAGCAAUGCCUAGAUUUACUUUAAUUCCACCAUUAUUCGAAGUCAUUAUUAUUAACCACCUACUUAUUACUUUUUGUCAUUCCCGCUCAAACAUUUACAAUAAAUACAUUUAUUUUAAUAUAAUAUUCACAUUUGUUAUUAAUUAAGAUGUAACAUAAUAUUUGAACUCAGCUAAAUUUACAUCUAUGGAUCAUUAAUAUAAUAUUCAACGACAGUUUUGUAAAUAUUACUGCAAUUACUCGGCAAUACAUGUGAAUGUAUUCUACGAUAAUGUUCUAAUAAUAUUAUUAAUCUAAUAUUAUAGGUACUUUCUUCUAAUUUAAGCAGCUAUGGCGAUGUUAUUUCCGAUUAUAACUAAAAUGAUAAAUAAAAUAUAUAAAUAUGUUUUGCUCAAAGAGUAAAGCGCGCGUUUGGGCUAGUAUGUUAAGUGGUUACAAGUUGUAUAUAAAAUGUAAAUAUUA